AUGUCUAAAGACGAACACAAGGAGCGCCAGCGGGUCACCAAAGAUGCAAAGGCCGAUAUGUGCUCUAGCUGCGAGCUGCUUCAGAUUCCUUGCCUGUAUCUCGAUCCUACCAAGAAACGUGGCCCACCCAAAGGCGCUGGACGCCAUAUCAAUGCCAUCGAGGAUCGUCUACACCGUAUGGAGUCAAUAGUUGGCGGUUUUGGAGAAGGAGAGCCAGCUGGCGGCUCGGGCGAUGAAAACGGAUCCAAUCCUCCUUCAAGUUUAUCUUCGACGAGCUCAAAACCACGGCGGCGGAAAUCUACAAAGGGCAAGCAGAGUUCAGCACAGGAGGACGAAUCGAUGCAGGCGAACAGUGAACAGUCUCUCCAAAAUAUGCAUCAAGUCCAAAUGGAGCACCAGCAUCGCCCUCCACCUUUGCAGGACCUCUCGCUGGAGCAUCGACAGCAGCAGCUCCAAUCUCACUUUCAGGCAGAUAACCCGUUUCAGCCCCGCCAGGUCGUACAAUCUCAGCAUCCUUCUCACCUUGACUUGCAGCUGGACUCGAGUCAAAGUCCCGAAACAAUGUCUCAGACUCACACCGAUGAUAUGCUGGACCCCAACCUCGCCGUCCCUCUUCACCAGGACCUGCUGAGGGACAGCGCCUUCCCGGCAUUUGGAACCCCCUCCCCUGUUCUCAGCUCAAAUCAUUCCAACAGCGAAUACCGUGAACGCUCUCCUGGACUCGACACCCUUCCGCAACUAGGAGUUCAUACACCGCCGAGCCAUAGCCAUGACCUGGACGACCUCGAGGAGGAUAUGGGACACCUGACAUUGGACCACAAGGGACUCGAACGUUACGUCGGCAAAUCCUCGCCCAUGUUCUACAACCGCCGACACUGGGGCGGACACUCAAUUCGGGAACGCGAGCAGCCUGCAGCCCAAAAGUUUCUCGACAACCCCGAUUUGCCUUCGCCCGAGCUUAUGACCAAUCUGCUCAACCUCUACUUCACCUACGUUCACCCUUUCGCGCCUGUGUUUGUCUGGUCCAAGUUCCUCAAGCGUCUUCAAACGAAGCAGUACAGUCCGUCGUUCCUGUGUUUGUUGAACAGUAUCUUUGCCUUGGCAGCACGCUUUUCCGACGACCUCUCGCUCAGGACAGAUCCCACCAAGCCUGAAACCGUUGGUAUUCAGUUUGUGGAAAAGGCCAAGGAGAUUCUGGAUACAAUUUACGACGCGCCAGAUAUGUACUGCGUGGGAGCGUUGGUCUUGCUCUCCUACCAACAGAUGGGAACUGGAGGCGGAUACCGUGCCUGGAUGUUUAUCGGUCUCUCGAUCCGCAUGGCUCAGCACUUGGGCUUGAACAGGGACUGUAUGAAGCUCAACCCGCACAUGCCAGUGCUUGACCGGGAAGAGCGCAACCGCAUCUGGUGGACUUGUUUUGUCGCCGACCGCCUCGUCUCAGCAAGCUUUGGGAGGCCACAGGGUAUUAACGAGCACGACGUGGAUGCUACAUAUCCCGAGGGCAUUGACGAGGAAAACAUACAGCUCGAGUACAGACUGGACGGUGCUACUUCGACUUUGUCUGGACCCUCUCCCCAUUCUGAAAAGAAUUUUGUUUACAUGGCUUCGUUGACAAGGAUAAUGGGUCGAGUCAUGGUCAGCUUGUACAGUCCUCUCUCCCGUGCAACGGCCAUGUCGAGUUCAUUGAUGAAUCCCGCACCUCUGGAACAGCUAGACAAGGAACUGACGGACUGGCUCUUGACCUUGCCGCCUCACUUGCAGUUCCGAUCUGUUCAACAGGAGCCAGGCAACUUUGUCUGCACUCUUCACAUGACAUUCUACACGACGCUGAUCUUGCUGCAUCGACCAUACAGUCACAAGUCAGCCUCCAGCAACCCUAACGACUCCUCGAUCUCUCUUUCGAUCUGCACGUCGGCUGCCAACAACUGCAUCGAGAUGGCCAGCAACCUGAUGCGCGCAACGGACGGAAACAGGGAUGUUCCUCGUUUGAAGUGCCUCCUUCACAGCGCUGUCUUCAACUUCUUCACCGCGGGACUUGUGCACAUCACCAACUGCACUAGCAUGGAUCCAGUCCUGGCUGCUUCAGCCAAACUGCGCACGGUUGAGACCCUGCGAUGCUUGUCUGUCAUGGAGGAUAUCUGGAUCAGCAGCAAGUGGUGCGGAAACAACAUCAAGAACCUCUUGAAGGCGCGCAGCAUUGAGCUCCCCUGCUCAGUUGAAGGCUUCAAGGUCAUGGUGAGGAAUGGCGCGGAUACGGCGCCAGCAACGAAUGGUGUCAACCCUGCACAGUUGGAACUUCUCCAUAGCAAUAUGGUUCCAAAAGAGCAGUCGUUUGCGUUUGACGUUGAUCAGAUCAUGGGAUACUAUCAAGCACCAGGCAUUCGCCAAACCGAGCCCACAGGCCGCAACUCGAGGCACUUUUCGCCAACGCCGUACUUCAGCCCUGUUUCACCUCAUCACGCGCAAAACCAAGUGCGGCCCCACCCUGGGUUGACUCAGGGCCAUGCACCACUCCCCCGUCGACCAAGGCAGACUAAGAACACUUCGCCCACGCCAGGAAGCAUCAUAUCAUCAGGAUCCAUUGCUGGCACAUUAUCCAACAACUCCGCGACAUCGAUAUAUAUACCUGGAUCUUCUGUCGAUGCCGUCGUACCAUCGGACUCGAACUUUUUCAAUUCGCCUCUCAUCGAUCCUUUCGCCACCCCAGGUUCUGCCUCAGUGGUCAAUGGCCUGCCCACAAUCUCUCCGGAAACCGGAAGCACCACCGGCGGGAUCGCUUUGUACCAUAACCCCUUUGCUGCAACUCUCUGGAACUCCCCGGCUUCGAUGGAUAACGACGAAUGGAUAAUGUACAUGCAGAAUGGAGGAUCGGGCAGUCAGCUGAGGAGCAACGAUGGAUCUAGCACGAGUCCCACUGGCGGCAACGGAGGUGGAGCUGCUAUAAAGUUGGAGCACGGUCUGCCGGCCGUAGCGGAGAACAACCCAUUGGGCAUGAACCACAGCAAUGCCAGCAACAGCAGCUUGAUCCACGCCAGUCGAUUGCACCCAUUGGCUCAGAGCAUGACUCGUAACGACCUUAUGGACAGCGAGGGCGAAGUGAGUGGGAGCGACGGGGUGUCAUUGAUCGAUCAGCACCAUUCGUCACCUUCUGGAACGCUCACACCCAACGGGACGCUGAUGAGCAAUGGAUAUGCAUCGCAGGGUGCGGUCCCGUCUCCAGUCUCUCAGCAACACUCAUCAACAGCCCUUCAGCAACAUCACCACCAACAACAACAACAACAACAACAACAACAACAACAACAGCAACGGUCGCUUCAACGCGCAGGAGCUCAUCAUCAACACCAACAGCAACAUCAGCACCAGCUUCAACAGCCACUCCUUCCCUCGCAGUCGCCGGCCGAGUACGAGUAUUUUCUGAACAAUGGCAGUUCAGGAGCUGGUGCGAACCAUCACCAUCAUCAACAGCAGCAGCAGCACCAGCAGGCCCAAGCAGCCAUCGUUGGCCAAUCGUGGAGUAGUUGA